AUGGCUGCUCCUCAACCUAACCCAGUCCCAGUGGCAUACCAAGGAGGCUCACCUUCAGUUCCUGACUGGUUAAACAAGGGCGAUAACGCAUGGCAAAUGAUCUCAGCCACCCUUGUUGGACUCCAGAGUGUGCCAGGACUUGUAAUUCUCUAUGGAAGCAUUGUCAAGAAAAAAUGGGCAGUCAAUUCAGCUUUCAUGGCCUUUUACACUUUUGCUGCUGUUUUAGGCCAGAAGUUUCUAAUCAAACAAGCUGCACUCCCUGAGACCACACAGUUCUACGAUAACGGUGGUGUGGAGACUGCAAUGGCUGCACCAUUAUAUCCCAUGGCUUCCAUGGUUUGGUUUCAGUGUGUGUUUGCUGCAAUCACUCUUAUUCUUUUGGCUGGAUCAGUGCUUGGAAGAAUGAAUUUUAAGGCUUGGAUGGCUUUUGUGCCACUUUGGCUCAUUUUCUCUUACACUGUUGGUGCCUUCAGCUUGUGGGGUGGUGGAUUCUUGUUUCACUGGGGGGUGUCAUGGACUAUUCUGGUGGUUAUGUUAUUCAUCUUUCUUCAGGGAUCGCUGGCUUGA